AUGGCAAAACCAGAAGAACUUUCGCUCUCGGAAAUAGUCCAGAAAAUAGUGGAUCUACAGGAGACCCAGAAGACAGAUAUAGAAAAGGAAACUGACAAACUUAAAUAUCACUUAAUUGGCAGGCAUAAUAAUCACACUACGUUAAAAUCUGAUCUGAACGAGUCAAUGGAUGCAAUUCUCGAGCUGGUGCAGCAGUACAACAGCGAGAAAAAGGCGGAGCGAGAAAGAGUUCUCAAGAAAGUGGUGGCGGUGCGAUUUGAAAUCUUGGUGGACUCCAUUCUGUACCAGGAGAGGCGGCUGAAGGAAGGCCUUAUAAAAAACCGAAAGGAGUACGUGGACCUCACCAAGAAGCUGGUUACGCGGGUUGUGGAGGCGCUUGGAAAAGUUUUGGAGAUUGGAGUGACCGGGACAAUUUACUAUCCGUUUGUUCUCAGAAUGUGCAGGUGCUUGGUAGGCCUGUCCACGGCCACCGGAUACUUCAUACCAGUCACAUACUACCUUCUGUACAUGAUGAAUCAGAUGGUAAAAACAUCGCCUUCGUCGCUGCCUGUGGUGCCUGUGGCAAGCACUGCUGUGAAGGUCCCAGAGAAGUACAUCAACAGCUCGGUCUAUAGGGAGUACGUUAUGACCAACUCGCUGGACUUGAUUGUAGAGUGCCUGAAGCUGCACUCGCAGAGCCUGUCGUUCCCUGAAUAUUCGGCGUACGUGGUGGGCGAGCUCAAGAGAGUGCGCAACUCCCACAACAGAAGCAGCCCGUGGGUGAACAGCAAGGCCGACGCGGUUGUUAAGGCUGUGAGAGACCACGCCGAGCGAAUAGAGAAAAUACGCGAAGGCCUCUCUGUGAUAGAUUCAGCAGCAGUUAGAAGGCUGGAGGAGAACAUCCCAGAGUUCGAGCUGAAUAUAGAAUAA